AUGAAAAAACUUUCUGCCUCCCAGAUUUUGUUGAGUGUAAUUUUCUGUCCAUUGUUUGUGAUUACACAUGAAGAGGUAUUGGGAGGGCAUUAUGGGAUCCCCAAACAAGAGCACAAACACACAAUAGAACCGCCUUGCGCAGUUUGUCCCAGAAGAGGCGUUUGCGUCCCAAAAAUCCAAUGUCCCGCGCACAUACUUCCCGGAGCAUACAAUCCUCGGUGUCAUAUAGAUAAACAGCACAUUGGCAUAUGUUGUUUCACUGGAUAUAGUCAUGCAGCUGAGAUGGAAAUAAUACCCGAAAUCAGUAAGGAAGACAUUAAAGCUGUUCACAACAUCUCCAAACAGAGACUUGAUAGCUGGAUUAAGAGAGCAGAGCUUCUAGCAAAAAGCAAUAUUGAGAUAAACCAGGAAUCUAUUCAUCAUCACGUGGCAACAAACAAAGAGAUUAAUGAACUGGGACACGGUGGGCUGAUGAAUGUCUUCGCUGCGCAGGAAUUGCGAACGCGUCUGGCUAUAACGGAGUCAGACCUUGCGUUGGCAUUCACAGGGAAUAUAGACGGUCCAUUUUGUCCACUGCCACCGACCUGUCCAGCUGUGGCAAGUAAAUACAGGAGGAUUGAUGGCAAUUGUAACAACAAACAGCAGCCAAGUUGGGGAGCAGCACAGACUGGCUACGAGAGAAUAUUACCACCUGAUUAUAGAGAUGGUGUUUGGGCAUUUCGUCUGUCUAUCACCGGUUCACCAUUGCCCAGCGCUAGAGAUGUCAGCUCCACUCUUCUUGUUGACGGAAGUCAUCCCAGCCGGUCACACAAUUUGUUGUUUAUGCAGUUCGGACAAUUUCUUGCUUAUGACGUGAGCGCUGGAGUACUUUUUUCUACGGCAAAUGGCACCGCUCUCUCGUGCUGCUUAGCUGACGGUACCCACCUCCCGAUCGAACACCAACACUGGGCAUGCGAAGGUAUCGACGUGAGCCCUAAAGACACUUUCUACGGACAAUUUAACAAGCGUUGUAUGAACUUUGUGCGAACUCAACUUGCGCCGUCAGCCGAUUGUUCGGUUGGAUAUGCUAAGCAGAUGAAUGGUGCAACCCAUUACAUAGAUUUAUCUCCGCUGUACGGAAGUUCAUUAAAGAAGCUACAAGAGUUGAAGGUUGCAGGGGGUCGGCUCAAAUCAUUCCACGAUUUUGGAAGAACAUUACCACCUCUCACUAAUAGAAAAGAGUGUUUAAUUGAAAAGCAUGGAGCUGCUUGUUUUGAUUCAGGUGAUAACCGAGGAAAUCAAAUAAUUUCUCUAACGGUGAUGCAUACCUUAUUCCUUCGCGAACAUAAUAGAAUAGCUCGAGCCCUCUCUCUUAUAAACUCCGAAUGGGAUGAUGAGCGGGUCUUCAACGAAGCCAGAAGAAUAGUGCAAGCUGAAUUCCAGAAUAUUGUCUAUAACGAAUGGUUGCCGUUACUCUUAGGCCCGAAAAUCAUGAGGUUAUUCAAAAUGUCAUCGCCAAAGGGUUACUCCUCAGGAUAUAAUCCAACUGUCAACCCUUCAACAACAGCAGAGUUUGCUGCUGCAGCCAUGAGAUUUGGGCACUCUACUGUAGAUGGUAAUAUAAUGAUCCCUCAAUCCAGUGAUGUGGUAGAAACACUACCAAUAUCAGAAGUAAUGUACCAGCCUUCACGGAUGAGAUUUAAGCCUUUUUUGGAUAGAAUUCUGAUCGGGAUGUCCUGGCAGCCGAUGCAAAAUGUCGAUCCUUUAAUUAGCAACUCACUCUCUAAAUACCUAUUCCAUGGUGGACAUCCCUACGGUCUGGACCUGGCUGCCAUCAACAUACAACGGGGAAGAGACUACGGGCUGCGUUCCUACAAUGAUUACAGAAAAUUGAUUGGAUUGGAACCAUUGGGAUUUACUCAAUAUUCACUUAAUGUAGCAAAACGCUUGGCGUUAGUGUAUCAUUCGCCAAAAGACAUAGAUCUUUGGAUUGGUGGUCUUCUGGAGAAGCCAAUCGAUGGCGGUUUGGUAGGGCCAACGUUUGCCCAAAUAUUAGCCGAUCAAUUUACAAGAUUUAAAAGGGGGGACCGGUAUUUUUUCGAUUACGGCCCAGAUGUUAAUCCUGGAGCUUUCAAAAUCGGUCAAUUACUGGAAAUUAAGAAGGUCACAUUUGCAAGAAUAAUUUGUGACAACAGUGAUCAUAUUGAACUAGAAAAUCAAGCGCCUGAUGCAUUUUUGAGAGCAGAUUUGCCUGGAAAUGAGCCAGUACCGUGUGAUAGUCCUCAGAUACCAGCAAUAGACUUAAGAAUAUUUAAAGAUAUAUAA